AUGAUGAAAACUAUGAAUCAUCACAGCGGAAGCAAGCCUAAUCGAGAAUAUUAUUAUGAGAUGGGUGGAAAAGAUGGGACUCCUCCAACUAUAGAUCAAGUGUUCUUCGAGACACACAAGAGCGGUGGUGUAAUUGUGGAACAAGCAGCAUUAGAAAGACAUGCUGAACUUGUUCAAACUCGUGAAGCUAAUCCGGAUUUGGAGCCGAUAGAGUUGGUAGAGAAGUGCUUUGGAGAACAAAAUCAUGGACAUAUAAUUGGCUAUGGUGGUGGAUUGAGGCCUAAAGACUUGAAAGGUACAGAAGCAUUGGGUAGGCCUGAAUUGGCGAGCAAAUUAAGACACUCUGAUGGGGAGAAAGCAGACAUGGCAAGUAUGAUAGCAGAUCAAGCAAAAGUAAUUUCUGAAAUGAGAGCAAUGAUGGAAAGGAUGGCACAAAGGUCCGACCUUCCUACUUGGCAAAACGAGCAGUCUUAG